AUGGCAACUCUCAAACCCCCAACAAACACCCACCGCUCCUCCUCCUCCACCCACAGCUCCGGCCCCCCGAAAGCCCCCCUAAAAGCCGACCCAACAGCCACAAUCGCCGACACCGCCGUCUUCCAAGGCAAACACCCCGUGAUAAUCGGCGCAGGAACAAUCAUCCAUCCGCGCGCCCGCUUCUACACCUACGAAGGCCCAAUAACAAUCGGCGACAGCUGCAUAAUCAGCGAAAAAGCCAUAAUAGGCUCUCCACCUCCACCCAAACCCAGUUCAUCUACUCGGUCCGCCUCGCCAUCCCGAUCUUCAAGCCCAAGCACGACCGCAACCACAGACCCCACAGAGCACCGAAAAGAGGUAUCGACGCGGCUCUCCUACUUCGUCACGGUCGGUCCAUCAGCCACGAUUGAGUCCGGCGCGAACGUGCAUUCGUCGGCUAUAAUUGAUAAUUUGGCGAUUGUGCGGCGGGGAGCGGAUAUCGGGGCCCAUUCGAAGGUGUGUUCGAGGUGUGAGAUUGCGGCGGGGGGUGCCGUUGCCGAGUGGGUUGUUGUUUAUGGGAAUGGACCUGGGAUGCGGAGGAAGAGGGCGCGUGGGGCUAAGGCGAUGAGUCCGGCUGUUGUGGGUGCGACUCGGGUUGCGCAGACGGCUGUUCCUGGUUCGGCGCCGCCGGGGAAGGUUGUUGAGGAUGCGAGGUUGAUGGGGUUGCAGAUGGAGAGGGAGAUGUUGGGUAGGGUGCUGGUUCCUUCUGCUGGAGGGAGGAAGAAGUGA